UAAAAGUGUGCAAUUUUUUUUUUCUCUCGUAAAUUUCAAAAAAGUUUUUCGUGGGAAGGUCCAUGUCCGAUUCGACCAACCAACCAGUGAACUAACUCGAACGAUGAAGAAUCAGCCCGACAACGACGACGACGAUAAUAUUCAACCCGUUACCAUAAUAAAGGAUGCUAAUGAUGAUGAUGAUGAUGAUGAUGAAAGUAAUUUAAGCUCGAAUAAAGAAUUUAAUUUUAGUAGUGGUGGGGUUGAUGAUUGUAAUGUAAGCUCGAAUUCAUUCGAAACAUCAGUUGUCCAACAGCAACAACAACAAAGCUCGACGCCAACAAAACGGAAUUCAACAUUGAAAACACCAAGUUUGGAUGAAAAUUCAAACCGAAAUUCAAUGAAAAAUAAAAGACAAAACUUCGAUGAAAAAUUAUCAAUAAUCGAUAGCGAAAUGUUUUCAACACAUCAAAGAAUUUUGGGCCGAAAUCUUAAUGGUACAAUUGCAAUGACAACACAACCAUCAAAUGAAUCUGAAUUACAAUUAUAUCGUGUUUUACAACGUGCAAAUUUAUUAUCAUAUUAUGAUACAUUUAUUUGUCAAGGUGGUGAUGAUGUACAACAAUUAUAUGAAGCUGGUGAAGAUGAAUUUUUAGAAAUAAUGGCAUUAGUUGGUAUGGCUGCUAAACCAUUACAUGUAAGACGUUUACAAAAAUCAUUACAUGAAUGGGCUACUAAUCCAGCUUUAUUUCAAUCACCAUUAAUGCCAUCAUUUCAUUCGAAUAAUAAUCAAUCAACAAAUUCAUCAUCAUCAUCAUCAUUAACUGGACAAUUAACUAGUAAUGUUGAUUCGGUAUCAACAACACCGACAACAACAACAACAGCGGCAACAUCAUCUACAUCCACAACAUCGAUGGCUAUUUCAACACGAACAAUAUUAGGUGGUGGUCAUCAAUCAUCAUCUACGGCUAUUACGGCUCAAUCAACAUCACCAUCCGCAACAGCAUUACAUCGACAACAAAAUUCAAAUAGUCCGGCUAAUGUAUCAUUUCAUACCAGAUCUGCCGCAGGUAAUCAAUCGAAAACACCAUCACCAAGUCAAUUCCAGCCAAACAAUAAUGUUGAACAAUAUAGUCAACCAUGUAGUCCAAUAACAAUGACGCCAAUAUUAACCGAACGACAAAUUCAACGUUUAGCUGAUGCUGCUGAACAAUUGGUUAAAAAUUUACCUGCAUCAAUUUUAGAUCUUAAACCAACAAUCGGUAAUAAUAAUAACGGGAAUAAAAAACGUAUUGUCAAAGAAAUUGAGAACAUAAUGACAAUGUUAGAAAAUGAUCCACAUCGUAUGAAUGAAAUAAGACGUUAUGCUGCAAUUUAUGGCCGUUUUGAUUGUAAACGUAAACCGGAAAAACCAUUAACAUUACAUGAAGUAUCGGUGAAUGAAGCUGCUGCACAGAUUUGUAAUAAAAUACCACAAUUACUUUAUCGUCGUGAUGAAUUAUUUCCAUUAGCAAGGCAAGUUGUACGUGAUAGUGGUUAUCAAUAUUCAAAAGGACAUUCAAGAUCCCAAAGUUGUCGUAUUGGUGGCAGUGGUGGUGCUGGUGGCGAAGAUUCAAAUACAUCAAUCAAUAAUGAAUCAACAACAACAACAACAAAACGUAUUCGUCUUGUUGAUAAUCAUAACCAUAAUAAUAGUAGAUCUAGUCCAUUAUUGAAUCAAUCAUUAAAUAAUGGUGAUUCGGGAAAAAAUUCAUCAAUCGGUGGUGGUGGUGGUGGUAAUCAUCAUCAAAAAGAUGAUCGUAAACGACGACAUAAUCGUUUGGAAGGAAUAGUAGAUCAAUUAAAAUCAUUAAGUAAUGAACAAGAACAGAUACAAAAUCAAAUAAAUGAAGCAAAUGAACAAGAAAAUUUUCAUGAAUUAAAUCAAUUACAAAAUGAAUUGAAUUUGAUUAAUGAUCAUCAAAUGAAAUUGGUUAAUGAAAAAAGUCAAUUAGAACAACAACAACAGCAGCAACCAAAACAACAACAAGAUCAUCAAAAAAAUAGUUUGAAAAAAUCCUUAUCAUCAGAUCAAACAGAAACAAUGAUGAUGAUGAUGAUUGAAAGAGAAGGACAAGGAGAACAUAAAACAAUUGAAACAGAUGAUACUGAUGAUUCACAAUAUUCAUUAUAUUCAAAUGAAUCAACAAUACCAACAACAUCAUCAUCAUCAUUGUUACAAGAACAACAACAACAACAAAAUAGCCAUCAUUCAUCAUUAUCAAAUGAUAAUGUUGGUGGUGGCGGCGCUAGUGUUUCAAAUGAAGCAACAACAAUAAUGACCGGUCCGACAGGUAAAUCAGGUAAAAAGAAAACUGCAAAUGGCUUACAUCAACAAUCAUCGACACCAAAAACGACAUUAUCAUCAUCAAAUGAUGACUCGAUUGAUUAUGGUAAACAUUUAAAUGAUGUUAUCGAUGAAGGAUUACGAUUGAUGGAAAAUGUUAUUAUCGAUGAAAAUAAUAUUGAUUUAAGAUUAUUUAAUAAAUAUACUGAAGUAUUACGUAAUAAUAAUAAUGCAACUAUCACCGGUAAUGGUCAAUCAUCGGAUAUUAUUAAUAAUAAUUAUAAUAAUAAUUAUCGUUCACCGAAAGCGGAUACAUCAUCAACAACUGUUCAUCAUCGACAACGUGGAAGACCCCCUAAGAAUAAUCAAUCGUUAAUGAAUACCAGCAACACAACAACAGCCACUAUAUCAUCAAAUGAACGUUUAGAUAAUACAUUUUAUGAACAAUUAUUAACACAAGCACAAAUACAACAACAAAUGCAACAAUUAUAUCAACAAAGUUUUUAUGCACAAGCAUUUUUUGGUGAUUUUAAUAAUUCGGCCAUUACAUCACCAUCAUCAAUUGAUACUGUUGCUAAUUUACCAUCAUCAUCAUCAUCCACAUUUCAAAUUGAUCAUUGUAAAACUAUCGAUCAUAAUGAUGACGACGAUAAAAAUAUUGAUCGUAUGGAAAUUGUACAAAGUUUAAAUGCAUUAAUGUCAAUAUCAAGCAAUGGAAAUAAUGAUAAUGAUGGUGGUGGUGGCCAUCAUCAUAAUCAUAAUCAUCAUCGACAAACAUCAUCGGUGACGAUAGAUGGAGCCACUGAAUCGACACAAUCAAAUUCAUCAUCACCAUCGACGACUACGACGACGACAUCAGUCGAAUUUAAAAUGUCAUAAAAAAUAUGAAUAUUUUUGAUCAUUUCUUUUCUUUUAUUUGGU